AUGGGAAAAUACGGCGCACUAGGUGCAACCUUCCAAGUCGCCCGGAUCGUCCAGGCCUGCUCCCUCAUCGCCGUCAUAGGCCUAACAGCCAACUUCAUCGCGGAGAUCGUCUCCAAGAACGCAACGCCGCCGAGCGUCUUCAUCGGCACAAUCACCGUGACUUGCAUAGCCGUCAUCUACUGCGUCAUCUCCUUCAUCCUUCUUCUGGAUGACAUUCUCCCGUUCCUCGCGAGCGCCAUCAUGGACGCACUGGUGCUUGUCGCCGUCAUCGUCGUGGCGGUUAUCAUCGGAAAACCACUCUCGUACCUCGAGUGCGAUGUGAUCGGGGAUCUGACGGGUGAUGGAUCGUCUGCGUAUGCAUUUGCCACGAGUCUUGAUAACUAUCUGGACCAUCUGGGCGGGAAGGUCGAUUACAAGAACUGGAUUGCGGCAUCUAGGGGCGUCUGUCUGGAGGCGAAGUCGAUCUGGGGGUUGAGCAUUGCUUUGUGUAUUUUGUUCUUCUUUUCGGCGGUCUGCUGCGUCUGUCUCUGGCGGCAGAAGAAGGCCACCGGUGGUGAGAAACUGGAUGGAUGA